AUGGAUUAUGGAUCAGCAAGGAACUUGCCAUUUCGAAACCUGUUGAAAAUAUUUUGCCUUCUCCCAACAGUGGCUUACGCUCAGCUACUCCCCCUGGGUGAUGCGAAGUACGAGGAGCAGACCGUGCGAGGGGUGCGGCAUCGGUCCGUGCAGCUGGCGUGCGGCGACGUGGUAGCGCCCAUGGUGGUUUUCUGGAGCUUCACCAAGCGGGGCUCGUUGGUGCCCAGGGCCGUUGCCAUCAGCAAUGGGAUAGAGUCCAAGGUGGAGAAGGCUUCUGUGGCCCUGGGGCAGGUGAGCCUGAGGAAUGGCACCCUGGAAGUGAGCGACCUGCAGACGGCUGCCCAAGGGCGCUUCAUGUGCCAGGCGAUGUUCGAGGAGGAUGGCGAGAUCAAAGCUGGCUACUUCUACAUAGAGCUGGUCGUGCUGGUUCCCGUUCCGAAGCCCUUCCUGCAGAUGACCGACUCUACGCCGCUGGAAGGCACGGUGGUGACGAUGACGUGUGCGGUGAAGGAGGGGACGCCCCCCAUCGAGUACUCCUGGCACCGCCACACCAACAGGGAGGGUGCGGUGGCUGUUGCGGAAGCUGCCGGCGGGCUGCUGAACCUGACGGCGGCUAACCGGACUCACAUGGGCUGGUACGCCUGCACUGCCCACAACGAGGUCAACAGCCAGACCAGCGACAGGAUGUAUCUCGACGUCAUUUAUGGCCCUGAUGAACCCGUGAUCACCGUUGAGCCGUUUGCUAUUAACCAGAAUGGCUUCUCAGCUAACGAGCAGGAGGAGGUGAUUCUGACCUGCCUGGCCCCUUCCAACCCGCCCAGCCACUACUUCUGGUUUUACAACAGCUCCCAGAUCUACUCUGGUCAGAAGUAUGUGAUAGCCAAGAUCUCCCGGACUCAGACGGGCACCUACACCUGCCUGGCCCAAAACACACUCCUCAAUACGCGCACUCAGACCACCAUCAUCCUCACUGUCUACUAUCUGCCCGAGGGGAAGCCCAGCUGCACACCAGUCCCUGCUGCCAAUUUCCGGGACAUUGCUCUGCAGUGUUUGUGGCCUGGCGGGUUCCCCCCAGCACAGCUGCGUUGGGUGAGAGCCGGCUGGGAAGCAGACGCUGCGGCGUCCUACUCCAAUGCUACCAGAAUUCAGCGAGGGGUGGACGUCCAGAACGGCAGCUCGUACACCUGCCUGGCCUCCCACUCAGCGCUCAGAGAGGAUGCUGUCUGCACCACCACUGCGUGGGUCCCCGUGGGGAACCCCACCUGUUCUGCCAUAGCUACGAAGCAGAACGAGUUCCUCAUGCUGUCCUGCGACUGGGCAGGUGGCCUGCCCCGUGUCACACUCUGGUGGAGAGACUGGAGGAACCGCGUGCUGGGUGGCUUGAAACCAUCCAGCAACAUCUAUGUCAUGCAGUCCAACAGCACCCUUGGGGGCAAGGAGUUCACGUGCAUCGCAGCCCACCCGCUGCAGGCCAGAGCCACGGAGUGCCUUGUCCGGCUGGAUGUUCCCAAGCUGGCAGCCGAUCGCACCGAGGUGUCGCUGUUUGAGGGCAGCGAGGUCCAGCUGGCCUGCACGCUGCAGGGCCCGCACCUGGGCUCUGAAGUGUUCUGGUUCAACAACAAGCACCAGGUGAUCCGGCCGGACGCUGCAAGGUACAGGCUGCAGCAGGGCGAUGCCUGGUUCAACCUGACCAUCCGGGACACUGAGUGGAUGAGGGACAGCGGCACCUACCACUGCGCGGCCAUGAAUGCCGUGGGAAACGCCACCAUCCCCAUCAGGCUCCACGUGAAGAAAUACCCGACGCCCCCCAACGUGACGAUCAGCAAGCUGAUGUACACCCGGCAGCGCACCGAGGUGCAGCUGGAGUGGGUGACGCAAGGCUCAGGGAACCUGACCGGCUUCGUCGUCCAAAGGCAAGAAGCAAAGAAAUCCUCGCUGGGCCCGUCCCGGUUGGCAGCCCGGGCCUGGGAGACGGUGGCCAGUGACAUAGAACCUGACAUCCGGGACCACAGGGUGGGCGGCCUGGACCCGGCAGUGGUGUACGCCUUCCGCAUCCUGGCUGUCAACCACCGCACCACAGGGCACCCGUCCGAGGGGAAGACCCCAGCCGACCCCCCUUUCAAUGCCUACCCUGCCGUGAUGGGCGCUGCAGUAGCAGGGAUGGUCGUGGCGGCGGUCACUUCUCUGCUGGCAUUUCAAUACAUCGUUCGGAACCGGGACAACAACCCACGGCUGCACAACCUGAUCUUCGGCAUGGCUGGCCCAGAGGCUCACGAGCACAUCAGCACGCCAGAAGACGCUGAGAUGGCCGCAGGCGUGGCAGAGGCUGAGACGGGCGGGGAGCUUGGGAGCACAUCCCCCCCGGUCGGGGAGGCAUCAGCAGAGUGUCACCCAGAGCCCCCUGCAUCCACCCAGGAGGCUCCCCCAGCUCCAGAUCUCGCCGCUGAUGACCCUCCGGUCAAUGUCACAAUCACAGUGACUGCGACACCGUGA